AUGCUACUCAGCAGUCAGAGCAUCAAAGCUUUCAUUCGGAUGCGAAAACACAAAGACUCCAAUAUCCUGAUUGACUCUGGCCCAAUUGACAGCCAUUCUGAUCUGGGCCUGAAUGCACCGCAGGAUGAAAGAUUUUCUUUCCGUGUCGUCCUCCACUGUGCACCAUUAGUUACCGAGGGCUACAGGUCAACAUUGAACAUAUCCGGUGAUCGUUCUUUUGCGAGAUAUUUCUACGGAGAGCCGCUCCUGUCGUUUCGGCCUUCUGAAUACACUCCUGUCAAUGUCACAUACGAAUACCCAGACGACUUUGUGACAAGGAUCAACAUAACUGGCUUGAACUAUGCUUGGUCUGAUUACACACUAUCAGCACUGCUAGCUUAUGUAACGAAUGGAACAACCGUUACUGAUGGGUACUCAGACUUCAAGCCCAUUACAGAUCUCCAAAGGCAUGACGCAGAUACAACGCUGAUGUUCCUUUCAACAAAUUCUGUCGGAUUUGUGCAGAAUACGGCGGACAUCUGGUAUAACGCGUCUCAGAGUACACCACCGGAGGAAGUAUCACCCGAAGAGCUUUCCGAUCCAACUUUUGUACCGUGGUCCCACCAGAGCGAACCAGCAUCGCCUCUCGCCUGUGCUCGCCAGGAACAGUACUGCACCUCGGGAGGCGGGAACUGCACGCCUCUUAGCAGCUCCCACGAUGCAAAACUAGCCGCCCAAUCCCUCUUUCGAGAUACGGACCAAUAUCAGAGAUGGAAAUGGAUCACUACUGCUACCAAGCAGAUCACUGCGGACGAGGUGUACGUCAUAGGUGCUCUCAGAAGUCAGGCCCUUGCGUCACGAUUUAACUUCCUGGGCGGCGUUCAGGGAGCUAUUCCGGACAACCAAUGGCAGUUAGAUGUACAGUACUGGCAUGCCGUGCAGCUGGCUACCAUGCAGAAAGCGGUGGUUGACGUUGCCAUCGGCCCUUUGCCAGACGAGGAAGCCGAAAUCAUGUGUGUUCGGACUUAG